GAGGGUGCAGUGGUGACGUCCAGCGGGCGCCGUCGCGUUCCAGCGUCUUGUGAUGGCGGCCGUGUAUUCGAGCCCAUGAGGCGGGGGAACGGGGUGCCGAGCCGCGCUGCGGUGAAGCAGAGAACGUCCGAGGCCAUGGCGGGGGUGUUUGACAUCGACCUGGACCAGCCCGAGGACGCCGUUUCGGAUGAUGAGCUGGAGGAUGCGAGUGCAAUCAGUGAAUUCAUGGAUCAUGGAGGCAUUUCAUAUGACCUUGGUAUGGAGCAUUGUGAAAAGUUUGAAAUCUCAGAGACAAGUGUAAAUAAAGGUCCAGAAAAGAUCAGACCAGAGUGCUUUGAACUUCUCCGUGUCCUUGGAAAAGGUGGCUAUGGCAAGGUUUUUCAAGUACGCAAAGUGAUUGGAGCCCAUACAGGAAACAUAUUUGCAAUGAAAGUGCUUAAAAAGGCCAUGAUUGUUCGGAAUGCAAAAGACACAGCUCACACAAAAGCGGAGCGAAAUAUCUUGGAGGAAGUGAAGCACCCUUUCAUCGUAGAUUUAAUUUACGCCUUUCAGACUGGUGGAAAACUCUACCUCAUUUUAGAGUAUCUCAGUGGAGGAGAACUCUUCAUGCAGUUGGAAAGAGAGGGGAUUUUUAUGGAGGAUACGGCUUGUUUUUACUUGGCAGAAAUCUCAAUGGCAUUGGGGCAUUUGCAUCAAAAAGGAAUAAUUUAUCGUGACUUGAAACCAGAGAACAUCAUGCUCAAUCACCAAGGACACGUGAAACUGACUGAUUUUGGCCUUUGCAAAGAAUCUAUUCAUGAUGGCACAGUAACACACACCUUCUGUGGAACAAUAGAAUACAUGGCCCCUGAAAUUUUAAUGCGGAGUGGUCAUAACCGUGCUGUAGACUGGUGGAGUCUUGGGGCGUUAAUGUAUGACAUGCUGACUGGAGCACCGCCAUUUACUGGUGAAAAUCGAAAAAAGACCAUUGAUAAAAUUCUUAAAUGUAAACUAAACCUGCCUCCCUACCUCACACAAGAAGCCAGGGAUCUCCUCAAAAAGCUGCUAAAGAGAAACGCUGCAUCACGUCUUGGAGCAGGAGUUGGUGAUGCUGGAGAUGUUCAGGCUCACCCAUUUUUCAGACACAUCAACUGGGAAGACCUCCUGGCUCGUAAAGUGGAGCCUCCCUUUAAACCUCUUUUGCAAUCUGAAGAGGAUGUGAGCCAGUUUGACUCAAAGUUUACACGUCAAACACCUGUGGACAGUCCGGAUGAUGCCACACUCAGUGAAAGUGCCAACCAAGUGUUUGUGGGCUUUACUUAUGUGGCUCCCUCUGUACUUGAAAGCGUGAAAGAAAAGUUUUCAUUUGAACCAAAAAUUCGCUCACCUCGCAGAUUCAUCGGUAGCCCUCGGACACCUGUGAGCCCUGUAAAGUUUUCUGCUGGUGAUUUUUGGGGAAGAGGAACUGCGGUUGGGACCACAAAUUCACAAGCGUCAACUGAAUAUCGAGUGGAAGCAGGCGGAAUAGAACAAAUGGAUGUGACUGUAAGCGGAGAAGCAUCAGCACCACUUCCAAUCAGACAAUCCAAUGCUGGACCCUAUAAAAAACAAGCUUACCCAAUGAUGUCUAAGAGACCAGAGCAUCUACGCAUGAAUCUAUGACAGUGCAGUGUUUCCACAUGUAUUCUGACUUGUACAGGUGGUAAAGCAAAUGGAACAAUAAUCCAGCUUAUGACAGAGCAAAAAAUUAAUUGGUUGGGACAGUCAUGAGUCCCUGUAAGUGAAAGCGAAAAAAAAUGUGGAACCAGUUGCUGCACAGGACAGUAUGGAAAGACUAACCAUUUUUUAAAAAAAAUAUAAAUAAUAUAUAUGUAUACACAAAUAUAUGUAUAUAUUAAUCAAUGGUGCAACAAAACAAACACGAGUUAGGAUAAACACAUUAUUGAGGUGGAGAUGUGUUCCUUCCCUAUCAAAUUUGGAAAUCAACAGUAUUAGUUCAUUGGUAAAUUGAGUCAGAUAAAUUCCUGAACGAUUUGGAGUGGGGAAAACCCCCCCAGAUCCUUACCCACCCAAAAAUGAAAAACAGAACUGGAAUUCAUUAUAUAAUGGCACAAUAUAUAUACUCAAUAAAGAUUCUGGCAUGACAUGGGUUUAAAUCUAAACUAUUGCCAAAACAAAAUACUUGUUCUGCUUUGAGGUUUGAUUACACUUAAUUACAUGUGUGUAAUCUAAAGUUUUCUGUCCAUGAAUGUGAAUGAAAACUGUCCUUUUCUUAAAGUUGGGCUAUUUAAACCCAGAAACUAGUCUUCCAGUGUUUUGGCAGACUUGCAUGCAUCUGGGUAACUCCUAAAUCAUUGUGAUUGAUUUUUGAAAAUGCCCAUCAAUUUCUAGCAUACAAAUGUGCUAUAAGACUGUUCAAGUGCUUUAGGCGGAAACUAAAUUUGAGCAUCUAAAGCCAAUUUAGACUUGAAAUGUAAUCAGGGCACUCGUAGUACCUUGAAUGUUUUGGAAGGUCGGAAGCUGCCUGGAAUGUGUCCUCUACUCUUGCCUUUAUUUUCUUCAUAUCCAACAAAACCUUGAUCUUGUCCUCCAAAUAGGGACUUUAAAUACUGGGACUUCUCAUCAUUCUGAUUUGUUAAAGUAUUACAUGGCCUUUAUACUCAUGUCUUCCAUUGUGAGGAAAAAAGUCUGAGGCUGAACGCUAGGGUUGUAAUCACAGUGCUGGUGUGGUCAUGGACUCUGUAUCAGUGGCUUAAAGGUACAAAGAAAGGAAGAAAUAAAGGUAUCUUUACCUUGCCUUAAAAGCAUUUUCAUCAACAUAAUUUGGUGUAUUAAAUCCUCAUCACUGUAAGUUGUGUGCAUUACAAACACAAGUCGGUCCCCUCAAGUUUUUAAAUAUCCUAUGGUGCAUUUCACACUUGUUUCUAUGAUCUGUGCCAAUGUUUUAAAGUGUAAGAAGGGAUAGCAAAAAAGGAUAUUUAAAAACCUGUCUGUUAAGUCUGAAAUAGUUGAGAAGUAGGAUCCAAGCCAUAGAAAAAAAAAUCCCUUAAAUCAGGGAAACCAAUUAACGAACUGUCACAUCAUUGGGUUUUAAUGAGGGACUGAUUAUGGCGAAUUGAUUGUGCAUUUUCUUAGCAGCAGAUCUUAAGGACUUGUUUUGCAUUCUAUAAUGUGAGUCAGACAUUUUCAUUUGUGACUUGAAAUUUUAAUAAUCUCUAAUAUCACAGCAUAACUAACUGUGGUCUUUGCCACCUGCUUACAUAAAAGUCAGAAUUCUGUAAAUUGCAUCUUUAUCCAAGAUGGAUGUCAGCGUUACAGCAUCAUUUCUAGCGGUUCCUAUGACGAUUCAUUACCAAUAUGUUGGGGAUUUGAAAAGCAAAGCCUUAAAAGAAGUUUCAGUAAUAACAAAUAUUUCAUUUGAUUAAAUAUAUAUGAAAACAUUAA